UGGACAAUAAUGGGGUGAUAGUUUAGUUUAUAAACUAGGAUUACUUGGAAGGUAUUGGUGAUGGAAAAUAACUGCCAGAGAAACAUCGGAUGGAACUGCUGGAGUACGUAUUCCCCGAAAGAAAUUGCUGGAGGUUUCUUCACAAAGGAUUUCUGGGGAAUUCCUAAGAAGGAAAUCGUGAACUCCUGGGGAAAUUCUUUCAAGAGUUCACAGCCAUUUCAGAUUACCGACUUCGGUAAAAUUUUACUGGGGUUUUGAACUGCUGACUACUCGGUAAUUUAAUCAUUACGAAAAACUCAGUAAACUAGAAAUUUGAAGAUCUGUCAAAAGUUACCGAAAAACCCAGUAUUUUUUUAUGAAAAAAAUUACUGGCUUUUCAGUUAAUUAUUUAUUUACUGAAAUGCACUGGGUCCCCGGUUCUCCAGGAGGCAUCCGCUAUCCCGGUUAUUUAUUUUAUUAAGUUUUCAUUUUCAUUCUCUCAAGGAGGCGGAUCCUUGAACUAAUUGUUCUAAUUGAAUUGUUUUUGCCUCACUAGGGAAACACAAAAUCUACGACAAUUUGCUUAGGGAAACAAUUUGGGUACACUAGACCAGCUUCGAGAAUCCUCCCGCUGUCGUUGCAUGCGUAUCUACGGUAGAAGUUUCACAAUGAGCACCGUUAGCCAAAAGCCGUUUCAUUAGGAAUAUGCAAUUUCUUGUAGAUUUUGUGCUAAUACUUACCCUAGUUAGCGAAAACGCAGCAGCGGCUAAAUUUCCUGCUGAAAAUCGAAUGGUGAACAAAGCUGCUGAAGGAGGAAUAUCUUUGCCGCUUGACAGCUGCUCCGAAGGGCAAUCGAAUAUUUACAUUUAUUUCUCACGAAAACUCGGUAGAAAAGCAUUAUUUACUGAAAGUCGGUACUUAGUUUCACUGGUUUUUGGCUGUGUUCAGUAAAGUACCAACAUUACUGAAAGUUCAGUUAUUGUAUUUGUCAUACUCAGUAAAAAGGGCAGUCUGUUCACUGAAGGUCAGUAAAUUUUCGUGACAAAUACUGAAUUGUCUUUAAUUUGGUGAUUUACUGCCCGAACCCAGUUGGAAAAAUUACCGAACACCUAAAUCAUAUGCCGUUUUUCUUUUUGUUCAGGUUCAACCUAGGUUCGCCCCAGUUCCAACCUAACCGCUGUCAAAAUGUUUCUUUAUUCGCUUAGGUUCAACCUAGGUUCGCACCAGGUUGAACUUUUUAGACGACGGGUUCGCACUGACUUCUUUUACAGUUUGAACCUGUUGCACCAAUACACUGAUAACAUACAUCUGUCAAAUCGGUUUCGUGUUUACGUUUUUAGUAACAGUUCGUAGUUGAUUUCUCGAUUGAAAAAAGUGUGCAAAAAUGAGUAAUCCGGGGGGAAAUCUGCUGCAUGGCGUUGUGCAGGCCGCUGUACAGGUGGUUUCCAGCUAUCUGAUGUGUGCAUCAUCAUCAUCAUCAUCAUCAGAAUCAGACUCUGACGAUCCUGUUUUUGAAGAUCUGAUGUUCAAGGCGUGUGGUCGGAAAGAUCGGCAGAAGAGGCAUCGGGUGGAGAAUUUUGUGGAAGACGUUGUCGCCAAAUAUUCCGACGAAGAGUUCCGCCGUAAUUUCCGCCUUAAAAGAUCAACAGCGGAACAUCUCGUGUCCAGAUACGAAGGUUCUGAGUUCUAUGUUGCAAAUGCUGGCGUUGGACGUAAGAAUGUUCCGGCAAAACAACAGAUGCUUUCGUUUCUCUGGUUUUGUGCAAACAAAAACUCAUACAGAGAGAUUGCCAAUAUGUUCAACAUGUGUGAAGCUACAUAUUUCAGAUGUUUGGAAAACAUUUUGAACUUUUUUUGCGAUAUCUCUUCAAUUGUGAUUCGAUUCCCAGAGUCGGAGGAAGAAAAACAACAAGUUGCGGCUGGUUUCAAAGGAAUUGCUGGCAUUGAUAACGUUAUUGGAGCCAUUGAUGGAUGCUAUAUUAGCAUCAGAAAGCCUGCCAACAAAAUCCGGUCUACUUAUAUCAAUCGGCAUGACAUGGUUUCAAUUACGCUUCAGGGAAUCUGUGACUCUAAGAGGCGGUUCAUUGACGUAUGUGUCGGAUCUCCCAGUCGUAUCCAUGACUCACGAAUAUUCUCUUUAUCACCGAUCAGUGAUCAACUGCAGGAGAAAUGUUAUGGCAGAUAUCAUCUGCUAGGAGACGCUGCAUACCCGUUGCGCGACUAUUUGAUCACUCCAUUCAAGGAUUAUGGAAAUUUGACAGCAAAACAGGUGAAAUUCAAUCUAGCCCACAGCCAAACCAGAGUAAGGAUUGAGAAUACUUUUGGAAUAAUGAAGAACCGUUUUCGACAGUUGAUGCGGCUUGAUUUUUUUCGCGUUGAAAGAAUGAGCAAAUUCGUGCUGGCAUGUUGCACUUUGCACAAUCUUUGCAUUGACUUGGGCGAUGAAUGGGAAGAAGAAGACGAUGAAGAGGAAGAUGUGUUACGAGCAUAUCAAGGAGAACGAAACACACCAACAACAUCUGUUAGUGGAUCUCAAGCUGCUCGUAAUGCUGCUCUCCGUAGACUAGGUGAACUGAAACGAGAAUCAAUCGCCAACAAUCUAAGCUCCCGAUGAAAUA